CCCCACGCUCCGCAUUGCCCGCUCUGCUCUUGAACUGCCGCUGGUUGUCUCCGGCGCAUACAAUCGCGGAAUCUAAUUUACCCCAUCGGAACAUACCUCCUUUUCUUCAUAACUAACCGUAAGAGCAUACCAAGAUGACUCAAAGAUGACUAGCCCGUGGGUAAUAUCGAGUAAACCGUGUAACUAUCUCUGUUAGUCGUGAGCGGCUUAGUUGAGUUCAUCCCUAGCCGAGCACUGCCGAGCGCGGAGACCAAGUAAAUAUGUACAAGGAACAUGUCUUUUCCGCUUAGAAUAGAAGGUUCUUUUAAUUCUUUCGUUUAAUUUCUUGUAAUAGACUAUUAGCGAGUCCGGCCAUUUUGUUGGUAUAUGUACUCAUCCUGAGCCGUGUUCGACGUCGACAGUUGUUCAUCCCUGUUACGUAGACGAUUAUACUAACACUUGCCGCAAUGCCUUCCGCAGCCGUGUGCAUGAGAACGCUGAGAGCAUAUUCUCGCUACGGCUCGAAUCAUGCUAGGAUACUUGCUAGGACGUUCUCGGCGACGUCUAGGCGCGCCGAGAUUAACAAGGUGUAUCCGUCUGCCACUGAAGCUUUAAAAGAUAUGAAACCAGAUUCUACAUUAUUAUGUGGCGGUUUUGGUCUCUGCGGCGUUCCGGAUACUUUAAUCAACGAGGUUCUGAAGAAACCCGAAAUCACAGGCAUUACAGCAGUCUCAAAUAAUGCCGGAACGGAUUCCUCUGGCUUGGGAAAACUCUUGAAGACUAAACAGAUUAAGAAGAUGAUCGCUAGUUAUAUAGGCGAGAACAAGACGUUCGAGCAGAUGUACCUCACAGGUGAAGUUGAACUGGAACUCACGCCUCAAGGUACUUUGGCCGAACGAUGUGCCGCUGGCGGCAAAGGCAUCCCGGCUUUCUACACCCCUGCGGCUUUCGGCACCGUAGUACAAACCGGCGAGCUACCCCUGAAGAAUAAGAGCGACGGAACUCCUGACGUGUUCUCGUACCCGAAAGAUGUGAAGGUCUUCAACGGCAAGUCUUAUCUUCUGGAACACGCUAUUGCUGGAGACUACGCCUUCGUCAAAGCCUACAAGGCAGACAAGCUCGGAAAUUGUCAGUUCCGCCUUGCUGCUAACAACUUCAACGGAGCCAUGGGCCGAAAUGCCAAGAUGACCAUCGUCGAAGCCGAACACAUCGUCGAGCCUGGUGAGAUCCCGCCCGAAACAGUUCACUUACCAGGUAUCUACGUUAAGAGGGUCAUCCAAAGCGCCGCGGAGAAGAAGAUCGAAAAAUUCACCUGGACGAAGGAUGAAAACGACGCAGAUGCUAAGAAGGUGCUAGGCUCGGGCGACACGGCGGCUAAGAGGGAGAGGAUUGUUCGCAGAGCGGCUAAGGAAUUCAAGAACGGCAUGUACGCAAACCUAGGAAUAGGUAUGCCUAUGCUUGCGCCCGGAUUCGUGGGCCCCGAAGUCGAGGUGCAACUCCAGUCCGAAAAUGGUAUCUUGGGUCUUGGACCAUAUCCAAGGCCAGGCGAGGAGGAUGCCGACCUUAUCAAUGCCGGAAAAGAGACCGUAACACUAAAGCCCGGUGCCGCCGUCUUCGGUAGCGAGGAAAGCUUCGGUAUGAUCCGUAGCGGCCGUAUCAACUUGACGAUCUUAGGGGCCAUGCAAGUCAGUGCUACGGGUGACCUUGCGAACUGGAUGCUGCCCGGAAAGGUCAAGGGCUUUGGCGGAGCGAUGGAUCUAGUUAGCAACCCGAGCGCAACGAAAGUUGUUGUUACGAUGGAACACACAGACAAGAAGGGUAACCCGAAGAUUGUCAAACAGUGUGCUUUCCCCUUGACGGGCCGGGCUUGCGUAUCUAGGAUCAUUACUGAGCUGGUAAGUAUCUAACCUAGUAGCUGGUCUACAUAUUUAGACCAUGUGAUUUUGCUAAUACGGAUGUUUCUUAGGGAGUGUUUGAUGUUGACUUUG